AUGAGUAGGCCUCACCAUGGGGAGGUCUCCGAUUUGGAUCAGCAGGUGUGGAUCCUUCAGGGCCAGACCCUGGUGACAGUUCCACGAAGUGACAAAGUGGCAGCAGUUACCAUCAAUAUUAUCCCGUGCAAGUAUCCAGAGGCUCUUCAGAAAGACAAAGGGGUUCCCGUUUAUUUUGGAAUCCAGAAUCCAAAAAUGUGUCUGUUCUGUGAGGACACUGGAGGACAACCCACGUUACAGCUAAAAGAGCAGGAAAUCAUGGACCUGUAUCACCACACUGAGCCUGUGAUCCCCUUCCUGUUUUACCACUCCAAAGUGGGCAGAACUUCCACCUUUGAGUCUGUGGCCUUUCCUGGUUGGUUCAUUGCCUCCUCCAAGAUAGGCCAGCCCAUCAUCCUGACUUCAGAGCAGGGGAGAUUGUACAACACUGCCUUCAACUUAGAACUAAACAACGCCUGA